AUGGAAGCUGAACCGACUAAUAUGGACUCUGUGCCUGAUUUUGAGGUACAGAAGCGCGACGCGAACGACAAUGCUGCCGCAGUGGAAGAGCCUCCAGCUAAGAAAGCCCGCUUGGACGAGAACCCCAACUCAGAGAAGAUAGACAUGCGCGAUAGAGCAGUUGCGCCUAUUAAAGCAGAGUAUCGCAUUGAAGUUGUGAGGCCACAGCCGAACGAACAGUCGAAAGACGAAAUCAGCCCUGACGAUGCUGCCGAAGCUGCCCCUCGCGAUGAUCGUGAUAACAAUAAGAUGUCCAAAAAGGAGAAGAAGAAGAAGUUUUCUGGCCAAAACACCAACCGAACCUAUGGCAAGUCGCAGGACGAAAAGGGCCUUUGCGCCACCAGAAUGAAUGCCAACGAAUUCUCGGCUACUGAAUGCAAGUUUGGCGAUACCUGCCGAUUUGAGCAUGACUUGCGUCGCUAUCUGAAGGAGCACAAACGCGAGGACCUUACUACCUUCAAGGUCUGCCCUAUUUACGAAGCGCAGGGAAGAUGCUCUGCCGGCUGGAGAUGCCGAUUGGUUGGCUCCCACUCAACCGAAAGGGAAACAGAAGACGGGAGGAAGGAAUUGAUCUUGCUGGAAGAUGCAGAGCUGGUGGAGAAAGCUCGCCCUCGUGUGUCUGGUGCGACAUCGGACGGAGUCGUCAACAUCAUCGCUACAAAUGACAGGGUCCUCCUAACGAGAAAGAAGGAAAAGACUCCUCGCGCUGAUGCUUACAAUACUUGGGUCAACAAGGUUUCUGCGGAGCUAGAGAACACACUUCACAAGAGAAACACCGUUAGAGAGAACGGAGAACUUGUUGUUCCAACAAAGGAGGAUCAGAAGAAGGCAGAGGAGGCGAAGGAGAAGACUACGGAGGAGGGCGCAAAUGAGGAGACGACAGAGAAAGUGGAAGACAAGGUAGAAGAAAAGGCUGAACAAAAGGAAGCAUUGGAGGACAACCGUGCUCAAUUCACUGAGCCUCCUUUCUUGCCUUCCGAGAAGCGACGCAUUUACUUCGGCCCAGAGACACCCACCCUCGCACCUUUGACGACACAAGGUAACAUGCCAUUCCGAAGACUGUGUGAAGACUUGGGUGCGCAAUUUACCUAUUCGGAGAUGGCAAUGAGCAUGCCUCUGAUUCAGGGUGCGAAGUCCGAAUGGACCCUUUUAAAGGCACACGAGUCAGAAUUAGCACCCCCAACUGUCAUUCCGGGGGAUAAUAUCGUCCAGGGCUAUGACAACUCCAAGGACUCUAAGUUUGGUGCACAGAUUGCGGCUAAUAAGCCAUGGCAAGCAUACAAGGCCACCGAGGUGCUGUCAAAGUUCACCCCCAACCUGCGCGUUAUUGAUUUGAACUGCGGAUGCCCCAUUGAGCUCGUUUUCCGUGACGGCGCUGGGUCUGCUCUGCUUGACCACGGUUCCAAGUUGGAGAAAAUGAUUCGCGGUAUGAACACAGUCUCGCAGGAGAUUCCAAUCACCGUCAAGAUCCGCACGGGAACCAAGGACAACCAGCCGAACGCUUUGAAGCUGGUUGAGCGUCUUGUUCUAGGUGGCUACGAGUCUAGUCUCUUGGAUGUCGGCCCCCCGGGUGCCGCCGCUAUUACUCUGCAUGGCCGGAGUAGACAACAGCGCUACACCCGGCAGGCUGAUUGGGGAUACAUUUCAGAGACAGCAGCACUUAUCAAGCGCUUGAAUGAAACAAAGGAUAGCCUCACUGAUACCAUCCGUGAACCGGAUGCCCGUUUCAUGCCAAACGGCGGAAAGACUUACUUCCUCGGAAACGGUGACUGCUACUCCCAUGUCGACUAUGACGAUCACGUCAACAAUGCUGGCGUGGAUAGUGUGAUGGUUGCUCGUGGAGCUUUGAUUAAGCCUUGGAUCUUUGAGGAGAUUCAGACCGGCCAGUACCUUGACAAGUCUGCCACUGAACGUCUGGCUUACAUUGAGCAAUUUGCCAAAUACGGUCUCCAGGCUUGGGGAUCUGAUGAACAUGGUGUCGGAACCACUCGUCGUUUCAUGCUUGAAUGGUUGAGCUUCGCUUACCGCUAUGUUCCCAUCGGACUGCUGGAGUACCUCCCUCCCAAUAUUCAAGAUAGACCACCUGCGUGGCGCGGUCGUAAUGAGAUGGAAACGCUCAUGGGCAGUGGAAACUACAAGGAUUGGAUCAAGAUCACUGAAAUGUUCCUUGGUCCUGCCCACAAGGACUUUAAGUUUGAGCCUAAGCACAAAUCUAACUCUUACGAGGCCGAGGGUUAA